CAAAUAAAAUAAAUAGUAUACAGCAUAUAACAGAUCUAUGAACCUCAUAAAUAAAUAACCUUCAUCGUUGUCUUAUCAACUGCUCGCGGAUAAGAUAAGACUGACGAUCAAGGCCGUAAUUUCCAUAGCUACUCUGUCACAUCCCUGGAGACACCUCUCAGAAAUCAACACCGCUGCCAUUUUACGAAGAUUCAAAGGCAUGGAAUCACCCUGUCUCAUGCUAGAACUGCUAUAAAGCAUUAAGCUGUUACGUUUCUUUUCACACACGCUCGUUUCGCGGCUCCCUGGUCUCUGACAUCCCUACGUGUACGACGAAGACCCCAAGCACCUCCCCAGGUAGCACGUACAACUAUACCUACAAUGGCACCGAAGGUAUCGAAGACGCCCAACAAUGGCGAUGAACCACGCCGACGACCCCUCCAAGCCUAUAACUCAUUUCCUCGAAUCGACUCCGACCCCAAGGACUCCUCACGACGGACCAGAGCCAGUACAUCCGAUGGCUCCAGCCCAAAUGUCAAUUAUGAAAACGAUGCUGAAAUUGCCAAUCAACCAUCCGAAUCCGAUUCGACCCCUAGCACAAUCGAUCGGGCAAGGAAGGGGAGCGACAAGAGUGGUGAAUUAGAUACUUCAGAGCUUCCGUCAGAUUUCGAUGCACUUCCAGUUGAGCUCAUUAGCUUAACGGAUACCUUCGUCGAUUCCCUAUCCGCGAAAGUCCACGCAACUCCCCCGACAGUCGACAGGCUAUCCAUGCUGUUGCAGGACUUCUACGUCCUAGCUGCCACCCAUAUAAACACGCACAUAUCAAUACUCAGUUCUCGUCAGAAUCGACGGGCCUCACCGUCUGCUUCAAUAUCUUCCAAAUCAUCUGCUGCCAGCAGGAUAAGAGCGAGGGCGGUAUCAAUCGGCACCAAGGAUCGGCCGAAAGCGUUAGAAUCCCAAGACUCCGAACAACAACUUCUGACAGUGGAGGAAAUUGCGGAGAAGAAGAAGGCGAGGAAGGUGCUGGAGCACAAGCGGUUGGCCUUGGAAGAGGCUGUUGAGCGGAGAGUAUGUGACAAGGUAUAUACCAAGAUAUGGCGGCACCGGAGCACGCAAGACGAAGCGCAGGAUGAGAAGCUACGUUCGAAGACAGCAGCGCUGGCCGUUGUGGGUAUUGGACUGACAGACCUUGGCAUUGACCUGGGCGAAGAAACCAGUUCAAAUGACGCCUCCAAGGAGGAGGAAGUGAAAUCCUGGCUCGAAGGGGCCAGGCAAGAGCUUCUUUUGAUGAAUUCCGACACGUCGCCAUUGGGAAAGCUACAACAUCUUAAGGCUGCACACAAAUGCAUAGUCGAAACACUCUCGCACUUCCAUCCUUCCUCCUCGGCAGACGAAAUAAUGCCAAUGCUGAUUUAUACCUUGAUCACCUCCCCAACAGAAGAUUUAAACGUUAUCAGCAACCUAUACUUCAUCCAGCGCUUCCGCUGCGAGUCUAAAAUUGAUGGAGAAGCUGCCUACUGCCUUACCAAUCUUGAAGCCGCCAUCACCUUCCUCGAGACUGUCGAUUUGACCCAACUCCGAGCUGACGAGGCUCCUUCAGGACCUCCCAAGUCGUCAAGCCGUCCAACGACCCCUCGUUUCGAAUCGCCUCAUCCUAUCUCUGCGAGCACGCCAGCUCAGGGCGUGAGCACCCCUUCUCUAAGUCCUGCGGUCAUCAGCCCACCCAGCACGGACUCCCGAUCAGGCACCGUACGCAAGUCAGAUCUUUCCCCAUCUAUCCUACGCCCUCCACCAACAAACCGCCGAUUGAGCGAGCUAUUCCACCCCGCGCAGGCCCUCGGUGCAGCAGCUCAGGACGCGGUUCUCAAUACCGCUGACCAGGGCAUCAAGACCAUCGGCAACAGUCUAGGCGAGAGCUACAACUUCCUCCUUGGCAAGCUCAAGGAGCGCCAAGAAGCCAAGCACGAAGUCGUCGUUCCCAAAACCCUCGAUGAAGCGAGGAAACUCGUCGAGCCUAAUCAGCCCGACGAUGAUGAUGUAGACGCCGCCUCAGCCUCGCUAAACUCCAUGGCUCCGCCAGCACCAAAAUCAGACGACAAAGCCAUCCACCUCAUAGCCGGCCGCCCGCCCCGCGACCGCAGCAUUGACAGCGCUAGUAGCUCUGCGAGCACUAAGCGCGCUACACCAGGCGUCACGGCGCCGUCUCUGCAGGUCGCGGAUGGGAUCCGUAUGCUGAGCAACACGUUCAACCCCAUGAGCAAAUUUGCAGGCGGGAUCGGGAUGAUGCGCGGGUUCGGGCGUGCGGCGCCUCCUGCGGCGGGGAAGGAGGAGAUGGAUGGCGCCGUGGAGGAGCUGACGACUGCGUUUCCUGACUUGGCUGCGGUGCUGCCCCCGGGAAAGGCGGGGGUGAAAGUUGACCCGCCGAUUCAGCGGUUUAUGGAGGUUAGGGAUCCGGGGGAGUUGAGGCUCAAUGAGGUUGUGGAGUUGUUGAGGGAUUAUCGGAGGUUGGCGGGGUCGCUGAAGGAGUUGGGUGCGCUGUGAGGGGAUGGGGGAGAUGUUAUUUUCGUGCAUAUUUUCUGUUGUUAUUUUGCAUUUCAGCUAGGUGUUCAUGGUGGCAUUGGUGCUAUGGGAUGGGCUUAGAUGUAUUUCCUAUGAUUCGAAGCGUAUAAAUAUUGUCACAAAAAGCGUGUGUGUAGAAUCUUUAGAAUAUCUAUAUCAUGGUUUGAUAUUAU